CUUGAGUUUUAUUUCGUUAUACUUCCCUCUUUAUUAUUAUUUUUCCUUUUCAUUUUAUUACAUUUCACAAUUUCCCUCAUCGUCAAACCCUAUUGUCACCCUUUCUUUCUCGUGGCGUUUCGAAAUUAAAGAUUUCAAUCGUGUAAUACUAAUUCCCAGAUGCAAGCGAAAAAGGGUUUCUUUUUGCUAGGCGGCUAAGACGGGUGUUCAUUUUUGAAUUUCAGUGAAAUUACUUGUUGUUGUUGGAUUUAGGAAUCAGGUUCUUGGUUGUGGUUGAAUGGCAAGAUUUGAGGGUAGGGUUUCGUAUUCGUCGCUUUCAGAGGUAGAAAAGGAGAAUAAUAAUAAUAACGCCUAUCAAUUUGAUGAUGAUUAUAUUGAUUCUGAUUGGACUGUGCCAGAAGAUAAAAGUAUCGUCUCAUUAGGCUCAAAGUCGAUAAAGAAAGGUAAUCCUUAUGAGUUUCCUGCUGAUUCUGAUGAGUUCAUCGAUGGAGGAUAUGAUUCAAGCGAAGAUGUCCGUGUAUCCAUGCCGAAUGGCUUGGAACCAGAAGUGAACUUGAAGAAUGUGUUGAGUGGAUUAAUUGCAAUUGUAACCGGGACUAAUAAAGGCUCCCCGAGUGUUUCAGUGAAUCAGCAGUGCCAAAGUUCUAAUGUUUCAUUUCUGGGGUCUGGAAACAAUGGGGAUACCUGUUUGCAAUCCUCUGUUUAUAUACCGAGUGCCCCGCCGCUUAUGGAGCCAAGGGGGAUAAAUUAUAAUGCAUAUAAAGAAGUGCUGGAAGCUGAGCCUCCGGAGUGGCUUCCAGAUAGUUCUACCACUGUUUGCAUGCAGUGCAGUUCUCUCUUUACAGCAAUCACGCGUGGCAGACAUCAUUGCCGGUUUUGUGGAGGGAUUUUCUGUAGAGCAUGUUCUAAGGGAAGGUGCUUGCUACCUGUUAAAUUUAGGGAUAGAAAUCCCCAGAGGGUGUGUGAUUCUUGCUAUGAUAGACUUGAUCCAUUGCAGGGUGUUCUUAUUAACUCCAUUAGCAAUGCUGCACAAGUAGCAAAACAUGAUGUCAUGGAUUGGACGUGCACUCGAGGUUGGUUGAACUUGCCGGUUGGUUUGUCCAUGGAACAUGAGAUCUACAAAGCAUCCACCACCUUGAGAAGCUAUUGCCAGGUUGCUCGGUUGAGUCCAGAGAAAUCUAUACCACUGGCAGUUCUUAAAGGAGCCAAAGGCUUAGCUAUUUUAACUGUUGUUAAAGCUGGAGUUCUUUUAGCAUACAAGCUCGGGACUGGUCUUGUUCUUGCUCGAAGGUCCGAUGGAACAUGGUCUGCUCCAUCAGCUAUAUUCUCUGUUGGUUUAGGAUGGGGUGCUCAGAUUGGGGGUGAGCUCAUGGAUUUCAUAAUCGUGCUUCAUGAUUUACAAGCUGUAAAGACAUUUUGUAGUCGCAUGCAUUUUUCUCUUGGUGCUGGCUGCAGUGCUGCUGCAGGACCUGUGGGGAGAGUGCUGGAAGCAGAUCUUCGGGCAGGAGAUAGAGGCUCCGGCAUGUGUUACACAUACAGUUGUAGUAAAGGGGCAUUUGUUGGUGUGUCACUGGAAGGGAACAUCAUUGCAACAAGAAUGGAUACCAACCUACGGUUCUAUGGCGAUCCUUAUCUCACCACUACUGACAUAUUACUCGGGACUGUGAGCCGGCCAAAGGCUGCUGAGCCCUUGUAUGUUGCUCUGGAUGAUCUGUACUCUAGCCUAAAUUGUUAGUUCAGACCAUUUGGGUACAUUAUCUCGGUCUGCAGCUCGAAACAAGCAACAACUUGACCAACAUGGUGCACAUCUUGCCUUGUUGACUGUACAAAAUAUAGCUGCCUUUCAUGGUUAUGUGGAUGUGCAUGAAGUAAACAUGCAAUUCAAGGACGAGUACCUUUUAUAAGCCAAAUUACGCAUUGUACCAAAUAUGCAUUAAACAUUUGUGAAAUAAACCAGUCAACUGUAAAUGUUUCUUA